UUACAUAACCACAAACAACUUUUUAAACGUAUGAAUUUUAUUUAAAUAUUUUUAGGAAUGAUAAGUGAUUGCUUUAUAAUAUUUUUAAUUUUCAUUUCAUUUAGUUCCGCAUUUGAAAAUAACACUUGUUCCAAGCAAAAUGGAGAUUGCAACAUUACAGCACAGAAGAUCAAUAAAUACUCCAAAGAAACUAAUUCAAAAUACCACAAAUAUUUAAAACUAAUAGCUGAGGCUAACGAAAAGUAUGUUCCUUGUGACAAUACGAAAUGCUCCUGUUAUACAUCUGUGAUCAAAAGCGAUCUCGAACCCUUUAAAAAUGGAAUCACUAAAAAGAUGCUGGCAGAUGUACAAUCUAAAGGUACUAAAUAUCAAAUAAUCAAACAUCAACUGUAUCGUGACGAGACUUGCAUGUUCCCUGCUAGAUGCCUCGGCGUUGAGCACUUUCUAAUAGAAUCCCUUCAUAACUUGCCAGACGCCGAGUUCGUUCUUAACACCAGAGAUUGGCCGCAGAUCCACAAAAGACAAGGCACGGCCCUUCCGAUAUUCUCGUUCAGCAAGACGAACGACUAUUUCGACAUCAUGUACCCGGCAUGGGCGUUUUGGGAGGGCGGCCCCGCUAUUAGUUUGUACCCAAGAGGCAUAGGUAGAUGGGACGUUCACAGGAGAACGUUGGGCGCUUUGGGUAACUCCACAGCUUGGUCGGAGAAAAUUCCGAAGGCCUUCUUCAGGGGUUCGAGAACCAGCUCGGAGAGGGACCCGUUGAUUUUGUUGUCUCGGGAUCAUCCGGAGUUAGUCGAUGCUGCGUACACGAAGAACCAAGCUUGGAAAUCCGAUGCUGAUACUCUUCAGGCUCCGCCGGCUAAAGAGGUUUCGUUCGAGGAACAUUGUAAGUACAAAUAUUUGUUUAAUUUUCGAGGGGUCGCGGCGAGUUUUCGCUUCAAGCACAUGUUUCUGUGCAAAUCGUUGGUUUUUCACGUCGGGGACGAAUGGUUGGAGUUUUUCUAUCGGCCUCUCGUGCCCUGGGUGCAUUACAUACCCGUCGAUUCGAAUGCCGAUAAAAAAACCAUUCGAGAGUUGUUGGAAUUUGUGAAAAAUAACGACGAGGUGGUUAGAGAAAUUGCCGAGAACGGUUACAAUUUCAUUUGGAAUAAUCUGAAAAUGGCCGAUGUUAGAUGUUAUUGGAAAAGGUUGAUUAAAAAGUAUGCGAAACUCUUAACUUUCAAACCUACUGUUGAUAAAAAACUUAAAUUGAUAAAGGGCUACUAGUGAUUUUGUAUAAUUCUUUUUAUUAGCAUUCCUUAUAUGUGAUAAUUGACAAUAAUCGAGGGUAAAUAUGACAAUAAUGUUGUAGCUUUAAGUGUUUUUAAUGAUCUGAAUGUAUAAGUAUUUCACUGUUAGGUGUAUAUUGGUGUAAGAAAACUCGCAUAUUGAACUACAAUUUAUUAUUUUUUAUCUUCAAAUUUUUACAAUAAAAUGUAAACACAAAAUAUC